UUGAUUGGUACUGUAUAUCUUUAUAUAUUUCCACAGAAGAUCAAGUAGUCUAUUUGGAAAUGUCCUUGUCCAUUGUAGUUAUCUGAUCUCCUCUGUGCCAUGAGGAUCGUUCUCUGAAUGGCCAUUUGAGACGGCAGGUUUAAGGCACCUGUCCUCCACUACAGCUAAACAUGUAUUGUUCCUCUCAGCACAGCUUCACUCUGGCCCUGUGAUGUCUGUCUGCUGAUCUGAGCACAGUAACAAGAGGAGAUCAGUCAGUAUGCUGCUCUUGUAGUCUACAGACCUACAAAACACAGGUCCUCACAGCCGUACAGAGAUCUCUGCUGAUAUCUAUACUCUAUUCACUGUAUACUGUAACUUGCUUUUCAGUCUUGAUAUUUGGCAUAAAUAGAUAAUCUAUGUAGGCCAUGAAGUGCCAUUAAACGUAUACUGUAUGAUUAUUAAUUAUACUGCGUGCGUGCAUGUGUGUGCCCACUUAUGUUUGUGUGUGUCUGUGCGUGUGUGGUUGUUUUGUGGCGUGUGUGUGUGUUUGGGGCUCAGGUGCGCAGUCUGAAAUUGGAGCAGGAGGUUGAGAAGAAUAAUAUCCUGUCUGAAGAGCUUCAGACUCUGGCUACAGAGCAGCACAAACUAGAGCAGUCCGUUGUCAAGGGCUCCUCUCCACGGAGCGCGCUCAGUGAUGAUGAUUUCUACGAUGCUGUGUCUGAUUCGGACUCGGAGCACUCUCUGAGCGUCUUUGAGGCGGUGGCCAGUCAUUCGUUUGACAAGGACGAGGAGAAAGGCUCUGUCCUGUUCAGCAGCAAGCGCAGCAGCCCAACCAGCAUGUCUCUGGAGAAUCACCAUGGCAAUGAGGAGGAGUCCCAACCCAAUGGGAUUGUGAGGCACAGAACAAGUUUACCAGCAUCCAUGUUCUCCAGAAAUGACUUCAGCAUCUGGAGUAUCCUGAGGAAAUGCAUUGGCAUGGAGCUGUCUAAAAUUACCAUGCCAGUGAUUUUUAAUGAGCCCCUGAGCUUCCUUCAGCGUCUGACAGAGUACAUGGAGCACACGUACCUCAUCCACCAGGCCAACGCCUCCUCUGACUCCAUAGAGAGGAUGAAGUGUGUGGCAGCGUUUGCUGUGUCUGCUGUGGCUUCGCAGUGGGAGAGAACUGGGAAACCUUUCAACCCGCUACUAGGAGAGACCUACGAACUGGUCAGAGAGGACCUGGGGUUCAGAUUGAUCUCAGAGCAGGUGAGCCACCAUCCACCAGUCAGUGCGUUCCACGCCGAAGGCCUGAAGAAAGACUUUGUGUUCCAUGGCUCCAUCUACCCCAAACUCAAGUUCUGGGGCAAGAGCGUGGAGGCUGAACCCAAAGGCAUCAUCACACUGGAGCUUCCCAAGUACAAUGAGGCAUACACAUGGACAAACCCUACAUGUUGUGUCCACAACAUCAUCGUGGGGCAGCUGUGGAUUGAGCAGUAUGGCAACGUGGAGGUGCUCAACCACAAAACUGGAGAAAGAUGCUGUUUGAAUUUCAAACCCUGUGGCCUUUUUGGCAAGGAAUUGCACAAAGUUGAAGGCUACAUUCUGGACAAAAGCAAAAAGAAGGUCUGUUCUCUCUACGGAAAGUGGACAGAGUGUAUGUACAUUGUGGAUUAUGCUGCAUUGGAGGCACAUAAGAGAAGUGGGAAGGGGACAGCGGAAAAGAAAAGCAGCAAACCGGGCUCUCGUGAGGAAGUGGAGGAGAUCCCCCUACCAGAGGCUGACACAGUCGAGGUCAUCCCAGGCAGCUAUCUCCUUUGGAGGAUAGCCCCCAGACCAGUCAACUCUACAGAGAUGUACAGCUUCACGUCGUUUGCCAUGCAACUGAACGAGCUGGAUAAAGAUAUGGAUGGGCUCAUCCCAAAGACAGACUGCAGGCUUAGGCCAGACAUACGAGCCAUGGAGAACGGAGAUAUUGAUCUUGCAAGUGAGGAGAAGAAGAGACUAGAAGAGAAACAGAGAGCUGCAUGUAAAACCCAUUCCAAAUCUGAUGACGAGUGGAAAACAAAAAACCCUUCCCUCGGCCCCAGGUGGUUUCAACAGGGCCAGAAUCCCCACAAUGGCUCCCAGGACUGGUUGUUCUCCACUGGGUACUGGAACCGCAACUAUCCCCUGUUACCUGAUAUUUACUGAUGGACAUUAAUUCCUUGAAUAGUGAGAUUGAUUCUUAUCCACGUCAACUUCCUUAUCUAUCAUGAAUACAUUAAAGCCUUAAUUUAUUACAAUGAAUACACUGUGUAUGAAAAUAUCAAUAAUAGAUGUAUUUGUGAUACAAAAUGUUCAGCUGUUAAACAUGCUUGAUAUGAAUGUAGCAUCUAUAUUAGGCCACAUGUUCCAUGCAGCCAUCAUUUUAUUAUUACUUUUUAGCAUAAAUGGAUCUGUGUGUUCUAAUUAAGCAAUAUGGCACGAGGGGGUGUGGUUUAUGGCUAUGGGCUGUGUCCUAGCACGACGCAACGUGGAGUGCAAGGACACAGCCCUUAGCCGUGGUAUAUUGGCCAUAUGUCACAAACCCCCGAGGUGCCUUAUUGCUAUUAUAAACUGGUUACCAAUGUAAUUAGAGCAGUAAAAAUAAAUUUGUCAUACCCAUGGUAUACGGUCUGAUAUACGAUGGCUGUCAGCCAAUCAGCAUUCAGGGCUCGAACCACCCAGUUUCUAAUUGUGUUUUGAUUGUGAAUGCUGUAAUCCAUCAUUACUGUGUGACAUUUGCACAACCUUGCUCCCUUGAUACUAUAGGAACACACAGUAUCCACACAUUCAAUCUGUUGCUCCUAAUGUAAUGUAAAGCUGUUUUGUGCCCACAACUUUAUUUAAUUUUUCUGUUACAAAAAAAUAACUGCAUUCACAUACAGUGGGGAGAACAAGUAUUUGAUACACUGCCGAUUUUGCAGGUUUUCCUACUUACAAAGCAUGUAGAGGUCUGUAAUUUUUAUCAUAGGUACACUUCAACUGUGAGAGAUGGAAUCUAAAACAAAAAUCCAGAAAAUCACAUUGUAUGAUUUUUAAGUAAUUAAUUAGCAUUUUAUUGCAUGACAAGUAUUUGAUACAUCAGAAAAGCAGAACUUAAUAUUUGGUACAGAAACCUUUGUUUGCAAUUACAGAGAUCAUACGUUUCCUGUAGUUCUUGACCAGGUUUGCACACACUGCAGCAGGGAUUUUGGCCCACUCCUCCAUACAGACCUUCUCCAGAUCCUUCAGGUUUUGGGGCUGUCGCUGGGCAAUACGGACUUUCAGCUCCCUCCAAAGAUUUUCUAUUGGGUUCAGGUCUGGAGACUGGCUAAGCCAGUGUAUCAAAUACUUCUUCUCCCCACUGUACAUGUGGUUGGGAUUUAUUAGUUUAUAACACUUAAUUUCUGAUAUUUGAAUGUGUUAUCCCACAGUCCUACUGUUACUGAUCUAUCAUUCUGACUACUUGUAUUUUAUUUCGUUGUUUAGUCCAUCCAUGCGCAUUAACAUGGUGAAUUGUUAAUAUUUUUAUGAACAUCAAGGUCUAUUGCUCUAUUGAUUGUAGGAUCAAAAAAUACCUGUACAAUGCAUACUAUUGAAUGUUACAAUGCUGCUUAGAUGAUUUGAUCUACACUACUUCAAAAUCUUCUCAUGUCAAUCAUUGCGGGAGAAAAUGAACUCAAGGUCCUACUUCUCCACUGGUUAUGGUAGUUACAUUUUGUAGAGCAGUAAGCUAUGAACUCAGCUAUGCAACUAUCUGAAGGGACGCUGUAUGUACAAGCUAAACAGAAGUGUAUCCCGGUCUAUUCUCCAACAGCUUUCCUUUUACAUUCCUCUAUUCAACUGUGAAGAGUUCCCAUAUAGGACAUGGGUCAUAAUACAGAGUGAUCAAAGGUAUGGACUGUUGAUAUGAUUUUAACAAUAGGGCUAGUGUAUGGUAGAGAUAUAUUGUGUCAUUGUCACAGAAGAAAAGAAACUUGGUAACAGGGUUUCUGGUAAUUUGAGGUCAAAACGUCUCCAAGAAUGUGUAUGAUAUAUGGAAUAUGACAAAAUGUAUGGCAAGGUAGUACAAUCAAAUGAUUAAUCUGUUGCUUUAAUUUAGUAAAUAAAAAAAUACCCAUAUAACAUGUAACAUUUAAAUAAAAAU